GCUCCAUCCAAAGAACGACGUCGUUCUCCCCAAGAGCUGCCUUCCUGCCGACUGCGCUGAGAGUUAUUUUGGUGGUUUAUUAGUUCUGAGUUUCAGCUCAAGUGAAGAGAAAUCCGUAGAACGAAUUCUAUUCGUUUUCUUUUGCAGUCGUCAGAGAAGAAGAAGCAGUAGUAAUCAUCAGGAAAAUAAAAAUAGAAAAUGUCCGUGCAAGAAUAUCUGGACAAGCACAUGCUCUCUCGGAAAAUCGAAGAUGCCGUCAAUGCUGCCGUCCGGGCCAAGAGCCCCGACCCCGUUCUCUUCAUCGCUAAUCACAUGAGGAAAGCGGUACCUUCGGUGAUCACGAAGGUAAAAGGUAGGCAGAUUCUCGAUAGCAGGGGAAUUCCCACCGUUGAAGUGGACUUGUACACCAAUAAGGGCAUGUUCCGUGCUUCUGCGCCUAGCGGUGCUUCUACUGGAAUGUAUGAGGCUACUGAAUUACGUGAUGGGGACAAGGGAAUAUAUCUUGGCAAUGGUGUGAGUAGAGCUGUUAGGAACAUCAAUGAGAAGAUAUCUGAAGCAUUGAUUGGCAUGAAUCCGACCCUUCAGGCCCAAAUUGAUCAGGCCAUGAUAGACUUGGACAAAACGGAAAAGAAGGGUGAAUUAGGAGCAAAUGCCAUAUUAGCUGUGUCGAUUGCUGCUUGCAAAGCCGGAGCUGCUGAGAAGGAGGUUCCACUUUACAAACAUAUUGCGGAUAUAGCUGGCAAAACCAACCUGCUUCUUCCUGUUCCUGCCUUCACUGUCAUAAGUGGUGGAAAGCAUGCUGGAAAUAACAUGGCCAUCCAGGAAAUUAUGGUUCUUCCAAUUGGUGCAAGUAGUUUUGAGGAAGCUCUGCGGAUGGGCUCUGAGACUUACCAUCACUUGAAGGCUGUUAUUACAGAAAAAUAUGGUGCACAUGGAUGUAAUGUCGGUGAAGAUGGUGGUUUUGCUCCUAAUGUCUCCAGCUUUAAAGAAGGCUUGGAUCUUGUCAAGGAGGCCAUUGGCAGGACAGGCUAUCAUGAGAAAAUAAAGAUAGCAAUUGAUGUUGCUGCUACUGAUUUCUGCAUAGGUACUAUGUAUGAUUUGGAAGUCAAAUCUCCUUAUAAACCAGAGCAAAAUUUCAAGUCAGGAGAGGACAUGAUUGAGAUGUACAAAGAACUCUGUGCCGGCUAUCCGAUUGUGUCAAUUGAAGAUCCAUUUGACAAAGAUGACUGGGAACAUGUCAAGUUAUUUUCCAGUCUUGGAAUUUGCCAGGUUGUAGGAGAUAAUUUGUUGAUGUCAAAUCCAGAACGUAUUGUGAAAGCAAUACAGGAGUCCACUUGCAAUGCUCUUCUUCUGAAGGUGAAUCAGAUUGGUACUGUGACAGAGGCUAUUGAAGUGGUGAAGCUAGCAAAGGAUGCUCAUUGGGGUGUGGUGACAUCUCAUAGAUGUGGGGAAACUGAAGAUUCUUUCAUAGCUGAUCUAGCUGUUGGUCUUUCCACUGGUCAGAUCAAAGCAGGAGCACCUUGUCGAGGGGAACGAUUGGCAAAGUAUAAUCAGUUGAUUCGAAUCGAGCAAGAGCUUGGGGAUCAAGCAUUUUAUGCUGGUGAAGAUUGGAGGGUGCCUUGAUCAGAUUUUUCAAGUGCUCAUUUCCACAUUUGCCUCUGAAUUUCUUCUCAGCAUUUUGCAGCUGAUGCUCGUGUGCCUGAAUGUACCAUAAGCAUGAAAGAUGUGUUUAUUUGCUUCUUUGUUUUGUGUGUGCGCGCACGCGCGCGUGUGAGAGAGAGAGAGAGAUGAAAUAGUGCCCAGUGAUGUUUAGCAGGUUUUGUGGAGGAUUUGAUAUUUUCUUUUCAUUCUUUUAAGAUAUAACUAUUUGUAACAGUGUUCGUAGAAGUUUCGAGGGAACUGCAUCGAGAGCGAAGAGGAUUUGAAGUGACGGAAGCUCACAGUUUAACAGCAGAUAAGAUUGCAUUUCAUUUUAAUUAAAAAGGAUGUAAGAAUUAUUUUUUUUAUUUUAAUUGAAGGUUGGAUAUGAACCUGGGUCAUGGCUAA